AUUUUGCACGGUGUAUUAGCUUGUGCGUUGUGGAUUGGAUCUAUGCACUUCAACGUCUCUGUCCUCCUUUUCUCCUUUCUCUUCCUUCCUUUCUCCAAAUCCCUUUUGUUCGUCCUAUUUCCUUACUCUUUUCUAAGUAUCAGUCUAUGUUUUUCCACGAGAGAAAAAAAGGGAAUUUAAGACGGAAACUCAUGUAUUAUUCGUGUCAAUAUAUUCACAGGGUGGUUGGAGUGUUUUUGUUUUUCACGGUUCUUCCUAUCGACCAAAACAGUAAAUUUGGAAGGAGGUUGGCCAGGUAUAUAUGCUGGCAUAUGUCAAGUUAUUUUCCCACCACUCUCCACGUUGAGGACAUCAAUGACUUCUAUCCUGAUCGUGCUUACGUUUUUGGUUACGAGCCACAUUCGGUGUUACCGAUCGGAGUUGUAACGCUGGCGGAGCUUACAGGUUUCAUGCCUCUCCCCAAAAUGAAAUGCCUUGCCUCCAGCUCUGUUUUCUACGCUCCAUUUUUGAGGCAUAUAUGGACAUGGUUGGGUGCUUCACCAGCCACAAGGAAGAAUUUUUGUUCUCUUUUGGAAGCUGGUUAUAGUUGUAUUGUAGUGCCUGGUGGAGUUCAAGAGACAUUCAACAUGGAAUAUGGCUCUGAGAUUGCAUUCCUGAAGACAAGAAGAGGAUUUGUUCGGAUAGCCAUGGAAACGGGGUGUCCCCUGGUUCCAGUUUUCGCCUUUGGUCAGUCACAUGCGUACAAGUGGUGGAAACCAGGUGGCAAGUUCAUCCUGCAACUUUCAAGAGUUAUCAAAUUCGUCCCCAUGUUGUUUUGGGGUGCUUUAAUAACUCCGAUACCCUAUCAACAUCCUAUGCAUAUAGUGGUUGGGAGACCUAUUCACUUGACCAAAAACCCGCAACCUACUAAGGAAGAGGUUCUUGAAGUACAUGACCAAUUUGUUAAAGCUCUUGAAGAUCUAUUUGAGAGACACAAGGCUCGGGUGGGAUACGCUGAUCUUCCUUUAAAGAUUCUUUGAUUUGAACUUUGUUUGUUGAAGUCGGGCAUU